AUGAAACUGGUAGUAAUAGCAUCCUUAUGUCUUUUGUCUUCUUCUGUUAAUUAUUACCAUGUUUCUGCAGCAUCAAAUGGAAACCGAAAUUUGAAUGUGAAACCCACAUGUCACAAAUCUGGAAAAAAUGAUAAUGUAAAUGGAGCUAACAAUAAUACAGGGAAAAAGGGAAAUGCGCAACACAUAAUAAAUGGUGGAAAUAUACAAAAUGGUAAUUCACAGAAAGACAAAGUUGGAGGAACACAGAGACCUGCAGGUGCAGUAGGAGGAGGAAUGCAAAACAAUCCUGGAUCGAAUGAAAAAAUCGAAAAUAUGAUGAAUAAUCCUCUGAAUAAUAUGUUUAAAGGAAAUGGUGAAGGUUUAAAUAUAGAAAAUAUUAUGAACAGCGAUUUAUUUCAAAACUUUUUUAAUUCUCUCAUGGGAAGUAAUCCAAAUGGAGACCAACAAGGUGCAUCUGGAAAUAUGUUUAAAGAUAUAUUAAACAGUAUGAAUAAUAUGCAGGGUGCCACCUCUAGUGGCAAUGAUAAUGAAACCAAGGAAGCAAACCAGAAAAAUCAAAGGGGAGGAGGAAGAGGAGGAGGAGGAGGAGGAGAACAGAACAUACCAAUAACCCCAGAUCAACUUAACAAAAUAAACGAUAUGAAGGACAAGUUAGAAAAUGUGUUAAAAAAUGUAGGUGUUGACGUUGAACAGUUAAAGGAGAAUAUGCAGAAAGAAAAUUUUUUACAAAACAAAGAUUUAUUUAAAGAUGUUUUAUCCAAUAUGUCAAUGAACCCAUCUAUGUUAAAUAACAUGAUGGGUGGAAAUAACGGAAACAUGUUCAAUAUGGAUCCAAGCCAAAUGAUGGAUAUGUUUAACAAAUUAAAUCAAGGAAAAAUGAAUAUGAAUGACUUUGGCAUAGGCCACAAUAUGAACGGAAGUAAUAAUAAUCCUUUAUCUCCUCAUGGACAUAAUAAUGAUGAUAUGAGCGAUUCUAAGAAUAAGGCCUUUGUUAUGAACUCAAAAAAUAACAACAUGAAAUUUGCAGAUAAAUUUAAUUCACUAAAUGAUGAAGAAGAACAAGAUCAUGUAACCUUUCAACUUUUAAGUAUGAAUAAUGAUGAAGACGGUAUUGAUGAUGGCAUGAACGAUGUUGUAGGAAAUAGUGAUAACACAUUGGAGACGACUACAAAUAGCAUAAAUAGAAAUCUAUCAGAUGGAGAUUCUGCAAAGGAUGAUGUUGAUGAAUCGAGAAGUGGUAACAUGAACACAACUUCUACAAAUCAAAAUGGACAUAAUAAAGAUGUGAAAAAUGCAAGAAUCAACAAUGACGUAGUAGAUCAAGCUGAAGAAGAAUUAAUCGCAUCUUCAUCUGGAAGUAAAGAAGGUGCCAAUAAAAUGGCAGGAAAUAACCUAAAAAUUGAUGACAAUAACAAUGCAUUCCUAGAUAUGAACAAUUUAAAACAAAAUUCUAGUUCUAAUCAUGAUCAGACAAAUAUAGGAAAUGCACAAGGUGUAAAAAAUGAGAAUAAUAUAACAAAAAAAUCUAAAGGAGGAAAGAAAAAAAAAGGAUUAAAAAAAAAGAAACCAGGUCAAAUACCAUUCAAAAUUGAUGCUUUAAAACAAUUAGUAAAAGAUUUUAGCAACACUCCUAAUAAAAAAAUAAUGGAAGAAGUUAUAAAAAAAUAUGUAUCCCUAAACCAUAAAAGUAGUAGUGGUGCAGAUGAUGAAGAUGAGGACGAUGCUGAUUUUGAAAAUGAGAAGAAUAGUAAAGGAAAAGAAACUGAAUUAAAUAUGAACGAAUUUAGUGUUAAGGAUAUUAAGAAAUUAAUCAGUGAAGGUAUUUUAACAUAUGAAGAUUUGACAGAAGAAGAAUUGAAAAAAUUGGCCAAACCUGAUGAUGUAUUUUAUGAAUUAUCUCCAUACUCAAGCGAUGAAAAAGAUUUAUCAUUGAAUGAAACAUCUGGUGUAUCGAAUGAACAGCUAAAUGCAUUUUUAAGAAAAAAUGGAUCCUAUCAUAUGAGUUAUGAUUCCAAAGCAAUUGAUUAUUUGAAACAAAAAAAAGCAGAGAAAAAAGAAGAAGAUCAAGAAGAUGAUAAUAUGUAUGAUGCUUAUAAACAAAUUAAAAAUUCAUAUGAAGGUAUUCCAUCCAAUUAUUAUCAUGAUGCUCCACAAUUAAUUGGUAAUAAUUAUGUAUUUACAUCUAUAUAUGACAAAAAGAAAGAACUAAUCGAUUUCUUAAAACGAAGUAAUGGCGUUUCGGAUUCGAAUAAUGAAAGUGGCAAUAAUGGUAACUCUAAAGACAAGGAUGCUAACACAGCCCAAGGUGGAACUUACAAAUCCAAAUUUUAUGAUAAAUAUAUGAAAAAAUUAAGUGAAUAUAGAAGAAGAGAAGCAUUCAAAAUUUUGAAAAAAAGAAGAGCAAAAGAAUUAAAAUUAAAAAAAAAACAAGAAAUGCAAAGUAAUAACAGUACCGAUAUAGACCACUCACAAUUCUUGAAACAAAAUGGUUUCCUUAACAGCAACAAUGGAUUUAUAAAAACAUUCUCUAAGGAACAGCUUGAUAAUAUGGUAAAACAGUUCAACAACAAUGGGGAUGAUUUAAUUAAUACUAGUGAUAUUGGUUCUUUUUCAGCUCAAGAUAACACUUUUGGUGAAAAUAUUGCUAAUGGAGGAGUUAAUUCCUCUGCUUUUAAUAGUAAUACUCCAGGAUAUGUAUCCUUCGAUGGAAAAAACAUUAUAGGAUCGAAUGAAAAAGAAGAUGAAGAAUCAAAUGAAGAAACCUUGAAUGAAGAUGAGGAUGACGAAGAGGAUGAUAUAUGA